AUGUCGUUGAAGCGCAAAGCCUCGGACCCGGACGAUGCGCCAGAUGAGCCGCCCUUCUUCCGCAGCCAACCCAUUGAGGACCGGCAGAGCACCUUCAUCGGCUUCUAUUCGUCCUCGCUCAAGCCCAAAGAGCUGCAGGCCUUGCCCGAGCUGAAGACGGCCGACCACAAGGUUGCAGGCUGGCGGCGCGAGUCCAAUCAGCAGAGCAUCGGCAAAGCCAAACUGUACGUCACCGGCUCCGACGACGAUGGAGAGAAAUAUGCGGGCAAGAAGGUGGAAAAGGUGAUGGAAGCGUGUAAUGCUACAGGCAGCGUUGUAGUGGCCCGAUGGUGGGGUGGCAUCAUGCUGGGCCCAGUACGCUUCACUCACAUCGAGACUGUGGCCCGGGACAGCAUACGCGCCUGCGAGUCGCAUCGGGCGGAGGCAGUGGCAAAGAGACGGAAAGUGUUGGAGGAUAAGGAAGAGCACGCCAAGCUGUGCAGAACACUCGCCGACAGAGAUGCGAGUAUUACUGUACUGCGGAAGCUCGCUGCAGACAAGGAGCAGAAGCUCAAGGAUAUCCAAGAUGGCAUUGCUGAGACAAAGGAAGCGGAUGCUGAUGCACAGCAGGCGACAGCUUCGACUCCAACCGCGAACGCUUCAACGGACUACUCGACCUUGCCACUGGACCGAUUGCGAGUCCUGGAAAAGGCGAGAGACGCAACACUGUCCUUCCUGCUCAAGAGGAUAGACAAAGCUGAAGGCGACCUGGCUAAGCUGGCCAUAGACGCUGGAUGA